CUGAUAAGAUAAGAAGGAAUGCCAUCCUAUUUGAACGGGUUGGUUAGGAGUUUGAUAUAUAAUAUUUUUAUAAUUUUCCCCAUCAAUUUCGUUCAAUAUGUACUUUAUUUAUGUGGCUCGGUAGUAGCCAUGUUCUCGUCUCUUAGUCGCAAUGAGAUGUUCCCGUGACUCGGCCAAAGUAUUACGGAACGGUAGUGAAAAAAGGUUUGCCUCGGAUUUAACCAGUCCGUCGUUCUCAGCAUUGCAUCUAGUCGCAAAGUGUUCCAGUGCAAGGUGAUAUAUUGGCGCAGUUUUGUCACGUGAUAGUGUGAAUAAAUUGAAAUUCUACUAAUAUGAAAAUGGCAGUGAACACAGUGUCCAUCAACGUUCAUUCCGACGCCAAUAACAAUAGCAUAUCCACUAAUUGCCACAGCGUGAAUGUCUCACAAGCUGCUAGCAUCGGUGCCAGCAUUUCUUCGACCGCCACCGGAAGUUGUGGAACGGGUCUGACGCAGAAGAUGGAAUCGAGAGACUCGAAAGACAGCACGUCCAAAUCCGAAACGGGAUCACCUGAGCAUCACGUACAGCCUCCGCCGGCUCCAACUCCUCAACUACAGCAGCAACAACAUCAACAGCAGCAGCAGCAGCCACUACAAGAGAUCGAAGUUCAAGAGAUUAUAGUGCCGGCUGAAAUGACAAACAAUGAUGGUCAAUCACCCGCGCUACCGACCGCCGUUAUCAUCAACCAGCAUAAACAUCGAAUGAUAACAACCUCCGGUGAGAUUGCAGAAACAAGCGAUGGACACUCGGAAGCCCAGGAGUAUGAAACUGUGGAGUACCAUCAGGCAGUGUCCACAGUUACGACGGCAGCAGGCCAUGCCUUCACGUAUGAACAACCCCCAACUAGUCAGAACAGCGUUGCUGCAUCUUCCCCAGUUCAUCAGUACCUCAAGCGUGAAGCCAGCAUGGAAAAGGAGCGUUUAGUCACCGCUGAUGGUCAUUCACACAUUCCAAUGCAGACUCAGACUAUAUAUGUUGAGUACAAGAACGACAUUGAAGAGCCCGUUCGUUACGCGAAUCCAUCACUUGUACGAUAUGAGGACCUCAAGUAUCACUCUCGUUACCUGCACUACCAGCAACCCCAUCCAAGCUUGGCACUACCUCCUCACCACCAUUCUCAUCAACAACCACAGCAUUUGCAUGCAUCAACGGGGCAACAACAUCACCAGCCGCAAGAAGUGGAUGUUCCUAUCAAGUCCGAACACUUGGAACACCAACAUCAUCAUCAUCAACAGCAACAACAGCAACAACAACAACAGCAGCAACACCAACAACAGCAUCAACAACAUCAGCAUCACCUUGCGCAAUCACAGCUACAGCAUCAUCAUCAACCCUCGGUUCAAUCGCAACAACAGCAGUCACAUCAGCAUACCAUUCAGAUCUACGAGGCACCAGAAAGUGGACAACCAGGAGAUGUACAAACAGAAUCGUCGGGCAGCGAUGUCAAAACGCACUACACGAAUCUGGAACCGGUGCAUUCGCUUUCGUCCGCACAAAACUACUAUAUCACUCCGGAAAGCUACCAGGCAGCGGGGAAUUAUCCAUAUAUUUCAACCAAAGAUACCGUCUACUAUCACUCCGCCAGUCCCAACACAGUGCUGUACAAAAGUAGUGAUCCGACGCUUACUUCUUCCUCGCUUAUAUCGGCCAAACAAAUUCAUUACGGUUCGCAAAACAUUUACGAAAACACCUCCACGCACAACAGCAGUUCUCCAGGUGCGCAACAAAUAUAUCCCUACUGGAAUGGAAGUAUCGACUACAACACGACAUUCAGCGGAACUGUUGUAAUGGAUCAGAAUCCGGCGGGUGGUCCAGAAUACCAGAGCAAUGGACAAGCAUGGCAAAUCAGUAGUUUGGCGGACGGGUACGAAUCGUCCAUUUUGCCAUCAACCGAACACCGUGAGUGCGUGAACUGUGGCAGUUCUGAUACACCGUUGUGGCGAAGAGAUAAUGUCGGACACACACUCUGUAAUGCAUGCGCAUUGUACAACCGUCAGAACCCGGGAACCAAUAGACCCCCGAACAGGAGUCAGAAGGCCAAACAACCACCGAAAACGCCAGUACCAGGAAACCGCAGAACAGGUGUGACAUGUGCUAACUGUCAGACUACUACGACCACCCUGUGGCGUAGGAACAACCGAGGUGAACCGGUCUGCAAUGCUUGUGGUCUUUAUCAUAAACUGCAUAAUGUAGAUCGACCGCUGACCAUGAAGAAGGAUGGCAUUCAGACCCGGAAACGGAAGCCGAAGUCUAGUCAGGCGAUGCCGCCACUCAAUGGGAUGAAUAGUGAAAAAAUCCUUCCUUCGAUGAUUUCAUCACCGCUGCACUCGAUGGGCGUUGGUGGUGGACUGCAGAAACUGCAAAUGCCACCGCACAGUCACAUGGCGGUUCCGUCCCAGUCGAUGGAGAUUCACUCCAGCCACGUUAUCACUUCCUCUUCGGGACCCGCUCAGGAUCAAAGAUAUGUUGACAGUACCGUAUCUACUGCAAGUAGCAUGUCGCCUCACUUACCCAGCAGCAACAGCUUGACGCGGCAUGUCACGACCAGCGCUCCGGCUCUGGAUACAAGCCGAGCAUCGAAUGGCGAAAUCACAAGUGUAAUUACGAGUACUGCGAUGGCAGAACGUGCCAGUAAUUAGUUUAUGAUUUCUAGACUGGGAAUCGUUUUAAGGAUGUUAGAUAAGACAGAUCACCAAAUAUUUAGUUUACUAGAACUUGAUUCGGGCUGGAAAUAAGUACAGGACUUAACCAAAUAGUUAUUUAAAGUGUAAUUCAGUUUUAAGGUAGAUGCGUUUUCCUUUAUCAUAGAGAAUGUACUUACAAAAUUGUGAAAUAAUGUCGUCAAGGUACCAAAAAGAAAUAUAUUUAU